UGUAGUUGUAGAAGCAGUUGUAGUAGUGGUGACGGUUUCUGUUUUAGGUUUUUCAGUAAUGGUGACGGUAUCUGUCUCUUUAGGGUCUUUUACAGUAGUGGUGGUGGUGACGGUAUCUGUCUCGUUAGGGUCUUUUACAGUAGUGGUGAUGGUGACGGUAUCUGUCUCUUUAGGGUCUUUUACAGUAGUGGUGGUGGUGACGGUAUCUGUCUCGUUAGGGUCUUUUACAGUAGUGGUGAUGGUGACGGUAUCUGUCUCUUUAAG